ACAUAAAAUUAGCUGAGAAAUGGCGGGCAUUUCUCUACCAUUAAUUGCCCAAUAAAAAUGUCCAUCAAUCCUCCAAAAAGGUAUAAAUCAGGAUUCCAAGACAGGCAAAAAGUGAGAUACAUCUAGUCACCUACCCACCAAUACCAUUAUCGUUAAUGCUGCCAUAAUUGAUAAAAAAAAUGUCACAAGAUCAUAAAUUCAUAACAUUAUAAUGACCCUAAAAUAAAUCUAACCCCAUUGUUCUCUGUUUCCCACUCAAAUCAGAAAAUUCCCAACUUCACAAUCAGCCAAAAUGCUAAAAAAUCAUCUCUUUAUCUCUUAAGAUUUUUAUUGCCCAUCUCCAAAGAUUCCAUUUUUAGAAUAAAAUCUGAAGAAAACAACCCAGGUUUUAUUUUGUUUUGUUUCACCUUCAUUUAUUUAUGAUAAUUGUCUGUUUUUGUUCUUGUGCUCUAGAAUUUUUAGACUAGAGCAAUACAUACAUUUUUAACCUAAAGCUAUGCUUUUUAUGGGAUUAUAGUUAUUGUUGUAAUUUGUGAGGACAAAUUUACAUAAAUUGGUUUAUUUCAUUUACCCAUUUUGUUGUUAUGAAAAUGGAGAAGAUAUUGGUGCCCAUCUGUGUUGUGUUGUUGAUUGAAGCUGUUAUGGUGUCUGUUGUUGGUGGUCAUGUUCAUCAAGAACAAGUGAAUAUAUGGCCAAUGCCAAAAUAUUUUAGUAAUGGGAAUAAGAUGCUUUAUUUGAGUAAUGAUUUUGAGUUAACUACUCAUGGAAGUAAGUAUGGUGAUGGGUUAGGGAUUUUAAAAGAUGGGUUUAUGAGAUUUAAGGGUAUUGUCACCUUGGAUCAUGUCAUUGAUGCUAAUUUUUCGCGGUUCGAGCAAUCGGCUUUCCUCAAAGGAAUCAAUGUGGUCAUUCAUUCAACUAGUGAUGAGUUGUAUUAUGAGGUUGAUGAAUCAUACAACUUAACAGUUCCUGCUGCAGGGAAGCCUGUUUAUGCGCACAUUGAGGCAAACUCAGUAUAUGGUGCAUUACAUGGGCUACAGACAUUGAGCCAGCUCUGUGGGUAUAACUUCAAAACUAGGCUAAUCGAAAUUAAUAUGGUUCCAUGGACAGUAUUUGAUCAACCUAGAUUCCCUUACCGUGGACUGCUUAUAGAUACAUCGCGCCACUAUCUACCUUUGUCCGUGAUAAAGAAAGUUAUCGAUUCAAUGGCAUAUGCAAAGUUGAAUGUGCUGCAUUGGCACAUUGUAGAUUCACAAUCUUUUCCCCUUGAAAUUCCUUCAUAUCCAAAGCUUUGGGAUGGUGCAUAUUCUGCAACAGAACGAUAUACAAUGGCUGAGGCUGCCGAAAUUGUGAGAUAUGCUCAAAGACGGGGAGUUAAUGUACUUGCUGAACUUGAUGUUCCUGGACAUGCUGGGUCAUGGGGUGUUGGUUAUCCUUCGCUGUGGCCAUCAGCCAGUUGUAAGGAGCCACUUGAUGUGAGCAAUGAAUUCACCUUCCAAGUCAUAGAGGGGAUUCUUUCAGAUUUUAGCAAGGUCUUCAAAUAUAAAUUUGUCCAUUUAGGAGGUGAUGAAGUCGAUACAGGUUGCUGGCAGUCAACUCAUCGUGUGGAUAGAUGGUUGCAGUCUCGCAGAAUGGUUAGUUCUCAAGCUUACCAAUACUUUGUUCUGAGAGCACAGAAAAUUGCGUUAUCCCACGGAUAUGAGAUUAUUAACUGGGAGGAAACCUUCAAUAAUUUUGGUGAUAAACUGGACCGAAAGACAGUGAUCCACAAUUGGCUAGGGGGCGGUGUUGCUGAGAAGGUCACUGCGGCUGGGUUAAGGUGCAUUGUAAGCAACCAGGACAAGUGGUACUUGGACCAUUUAGACAUCACCUGGGAUGAAUUCUAUAUGAAUGAACCGUUAACUAAUAUCUCAAAUCCGAAGCAGCAAAAAUCAGUGAUAGGAGGUGAAGUUUGCAUGUGGGGCGAGCACAUUGAUGCAUCUGAUAUUGAACAAACCAUAUGGCCGCGUGCUGCUGCAGCUGCAGAGCGAUUAUGGACGUCGUCUGACAAGCUAGCGAGGAACCCAAGACAAGUAACUAGAAGGUUAGCACAUUUCAGGUGUCUGCUAAAUCAAAGAGGAGUGGCAGCUGCUCCAUUGGCUGGCCCUGGUAGGAUUGCUCCUGAAGACCCAGGUUCAUGCUAUACUCAAUGAUGAAACUAAGAACUCAUAGUCAUUAAGUAUAGGGAAAGUACACUCAAAUAAAUAAGUAUAGUUUAUCUUGUGCAUAAUCUAUCCAUCAAAAUAUACAUUAUUGUUCAGUUCACCAGAAAUUUUAAACAUUGAUGUUACUAUUCCAAUUAUAUUAUGUUGGUGAUUCUGAUAUACAAGACGGUUAAUGUUAUCUUAGAA